GCUAUAGUCCGUGAAUUGAGCCGGGGGUGUGGAGCAGCCAAGAUGGAGCCGGCAGCCGGCGGACCCGGGCCACUGAUCAUGAACAACAAACAGCCCCAGCCGCCACCACCUCCGCCACCGGCAACCGCGCAGCCUCCACCCGGAGCCCCGCGGGUCGGCGGGGGCCUCCUGCCCGGGGGCAAAGCCCGGGAGUUCAACCGCAACCAGCGCAAAGACUCGGAGGGCUAUUCCGAGUCGCCAGACCUAGAGUUUGAAUAUGCUGACACAGACAAGUGGGCUGCAGAGCUCGCGGAGCUUUACAGCUACACAGAAGGGCCAGAAUUCCUGAUGAAUCGAAAAUGCUUUGAGGAGGACUUCCGGAUCCACGUAACAGAUAAGAAAUGGACCGAGCUGGAUACCAACCAGCACCGUACCCAUGCCAUGAGGCUCCUGGAUGGCCUGGAAGUCACUGCCAGGGAGAAAAGACUCAAGGUGGCUCGAGCAAUUCUCUACGUCGCCCAAGGCACCUUUGGAGAGUGCAGCUCGGAGGCAGAUGUGCAGUCCUGGAUGCGCUACAACAUCUUUCUGCUCCUGGAGGUGGGCACGUUCAAUGCGUUGGUGGAGCUUCUGAACAUGGAGAUAGACAACAGUGCGGCGUGCAGCAGCGCGGUGAGGAAGCCGGCCAUCUCCCUGGCCGACAGCACAGACCUGAGGGUCCUGCUUAACAUCAUGUACCUGAUUGUGGAGACUGUUCACCAGGAGUGUGAGGGCGAUAAGGCUGAGUGGAGGACCAUGCGACAGACCUUCAGGGCUGAGCUGGGUUCCCCCCUGUACAACAACGAACCAUUUGCCAUCAUGCUGUUUGGGAUGGUGACCAAAUUUUGCAGCGGCCAUGCCCCUCACUUCCCCAUGAAGAAAGUUCUCUUGCUGCUCUGGAAGACCGUGUUGUGCACACUGGGCGGCUUUGAGGAGCUACAGAGCAUGAAGGCUGAGAAGCGCACCAUCCUGGGCCUCCCCCCGCUGCCUGAGGACAGCAUCAAGGUGAUCCGCAACAUGAGGGCUGCCUCUCCGCCGGCAUCUGCCUCGGACCUGAUUGAGCAGCAGCAGAAGCGGGGCCGUCGGGAGCACAAGGCGCUGAUAAAACAGGACAACUUGGAUGCCUUCAACGAGCGGGAUCCCUACAAAGCUGAUGACUCUCGAGAAGAGGAAGAGGAGAAUGAUGAUGACAACAGUCUGGAGGGGGAGACAUUCCCCCUUGAGCGGGAUGAAGUGAUGCCUCCCCCAUUACAGCACCCUCAGACUGACAGGCUCACCUGCCCCAAAGGGCUUCCGUGGGCUCCCAAGGUCAGAGAGAAAGACAUUGAGAUGUUCCUGGAGUCCAGCCGCAGCAAGUUUAUAGGUUACACUCUAGGCAGUGACACGAACACAGUGGUGGGGCUGCCCAGGCCAAUCCACGAAAGCAUCAAGACUCUGAAACAGCACAAGUACACGUCGAUUGCAGAGGUCCAGGCACAGAUGGAGGAGGAGUACCUUCGCUCUCCGCUCUCGGGGGGAGAAGAGGAAGUUGAGCAAGUACCUGCAGAAACCCUCUAUCAAGGCUUGCUUCCCAGCCUACCUCAGUAUAUGAUCGCACUGCUGAAGAUCCUGCUGGCCGCAGCCCCCACCUCAAAGGCCAAAACGGACUCGAUCAACAUCCUAGCAGAUGUCCUGCCUGAGGAGAUGCCCACCACGGUGUUGCAGAGCAUGAAGCUGGGGGUGGAUGUGAACCGCCACAAAGAGGUCAUUGUUAAGGCCAUCUCUGCUGUCCUGCUGUUGCUGCUCAAGCAUUUUAAGUUGAACCACGUCUACCAGUUUGAAUACAUGGCCCAGCACCUGGUGUUUGCCAACUGCAUCCCUUUGAUCCUAAAGUUCUUCAAUCAAAACAUCAUGUCUUACAUCACCGCCAAGAACAGCAUUUCUGUCCUGGAUUACCCCCACUGCGUGGUGCACGAGCUGCCGGAGCUGACCGCUGAGAGUCUGGAGGCAGGUGACAAUAACCAGUUUUGCUGGAGGAACCUCUUUUCCUGUAUCAAUCUGCUUCGGAUCUUGAACAAGCUGACAAAAUGGAAGCAUUCGAGGACCAUGAUGCUGGUGGUGUUCAAGUCGGCCCCCAUCCUGAAGCGGGCCCUGAAGGUGAAGCAGGCCAUGAUGCAACUGUACGUGCUGAAGCUGCUCAAGGUGCAGACCAAGUACCUGGGACGGCAGUGGCGGAAGAGCAACAUGAAGACCAUGUCUGCCAUCUACCAGAAGGUGCGGCAUCGGCUGAACGACGACUGGGCAUACGGCAAUGAUCUUGAUGCCCGGCCUUGGGACUUCCAGGCAGAGGAAUGUGCCCUCCGUGCCAAUAUCGAACGCUUCAACGCCCGGCGGUACGACCGGGCCCACAGCAACCCAGACUUCCUGCCUGUGGACAACUGCCUGCAAAGUGUCCUGGGCCAGCGGGUGGACCUCCCUGAGGACUUCCAGAUGAACUAUGACCUCUGGUUAGAAAGGGAGGUCUUCUCCAAGCCCAUUUCUUGGGAGGAGCUGCUGCAGUGAGGCUUCUGGGCAGGGGACUGACAAGGAACGAAGAGCUGACCUGGAGGUGCCCCAGGGGCUGUCCUGGUCCGUGGCUGCAGUGCUCCCACCUCCCUCCAGGUGGCAGCACAGCCCCACCGUGCCCUCCCUAGGCCGAGCUGGGCUGCCGGAGGGGAGGCCAGAUUUGGCCCCUCGUUGAUUCCCAGCGUCCUGCUCCGAGUGCAGUCUGCUCUCUGCUUGGGGUCCUCUCUUCCUUCACUCCUCCCCACCCUCUUCUCUUGGACAUGGUUGGUUGCAGCUCAUUUCUCAUUCAGGCCAAGGCUGGGAAAAGCUGGGGUGGGCUGGGAAGCUCUUGCAUCUGAAUUGCAGGGGUAGUGCUGACUCUUCCCGAGACACACAAAUCCUUGGCAUGUCAGCCUGCCAAGGAGGAGGGUCAGGGCCAGAAAGUCGGAAUCUUUGGUUUUGCUUUGAAGGUUUCUGAUGUCAUUCCAGCCUCCUGCUAAGUUUCAUCCAGAAGCAAUUGCAGAGGCUCCUACAGCUGCCUCAGUGCUUUGAUUUUGGGCAGGGUUAGGGGGUAGGAAGAGAAGCUUCCCUUAAGCAGAGGUGCCGUUUUUCCUCUUGGUUUGCGAGGGUCUGUAAAUACCUAUAUAUAAAUCUCUGUGUAUUCUCUUGUGUCAUGUGGGGGUUUUUAACGUGUUUGUGUAUUCUGUUUACAUUAAAAGGAAGCAAAACCAAUCCCCAUUGCCGUGUCUGCAGGAAAUACGGCCCCUGAAUAUCUCCUCAGGUCUAGAAAGUGGCUUUUCCUGCCAGCAUUGAUGGGUCACCCACUUGUUCCCUGCCAGGCUGCCUGCCUUUCCCACCUGAGGGGGAGAAAUGGGGAGUUGGCACUUAUCCAGAGGGUUUUCUCCCCACAUCAGUCUGGAAUCACUUCAGCCCAGCUCCAGGGUUCCGGGCUGCUGGGGUGACAAGUUGUCCUAUACCCCUGGGUUUGAUGUAAUUGCAGUAGAAGCCCCAGGCAUCUCUGGAUCACACUCUGGAGUUGGCCCCCACCAAACCAAUUUCAGUGCUAGCGAGGGAGGGGCUGGGUCAGAGAGGGGGGUUGGCUACUACAGGUCUAGCAAGGGUAGGUGGUUGGGACUAAGAGGAAACCUCUGUGCCCAGAGCCUGGGGCAGUGGUCAGCUUCACGGUGGGAAGGAGUGUGUUGGGGGAGCCCAGUUGCUGGGGAAGAGGCAAGGAAACUCUCUGUGGUAGGUGUCAGUUUGAGGUCUCGGGGAUCCUGCACCUGGCCCUCAGAUCCCUGGACACAUCUGCUUUCACCUACUUCCAUCUUGGAGGCGCUGUUUCUGAUGCAGGUGAUAUGAUAGGACUGUUCUCUUUUCAGAAUCACUUGAAGGUCCCUUAUCUUACCUGUAGGCCAUGUGUAUGAGGUCUUAAGGCUCUGAGGGGUCUUGGCUUACAAAGGAAGUGUACUCUGGGGAAAAUGUCCCUUUUGUUGGUUCCGUGCCUGCCUGGCCUGGGUCUUGGCUGAGGCUCGGUGUAGGCCCCGAGCUGGGCUUCCAGGAGAAGUCUGUAUGAUUUGGAGCCGCAGGGACAAAGCCCGCACUGUCCUUUUUCUGUGAGUCACACAGCCUCUGAGGUGGGAAGUCCCUGUGACUGACUGACUUUUUGCCCCUCAGUAACUUGCACCAGACAAGGGAAUCUGACACGAUUUGUGUGUGCGUGUUGGGUUUUCUACUGUUCCUUGCCAGGACCGAUAGGAAGUAUGUAUCAUGAGAUUUUAGUCGGGGUAAGAUAGAUUUUCACGUUCAUACUCCACCAGGCAGCCUGGCUCAUGGAACCAGCUUGUCUGAAGUUUUGCUUCCUUCCCCUUUUCUGAAGCUUCACUUAAUCAGAGGUGCAAUUUUUUCCUCUUGGCUUGCAACGGUCUGUAAAUGCCUAUAUAUCUAGUUUAUAUUUCAGUUUGUACAAAAAAGAACACAGAUUAUCAAAGCUGCAAGGGCCAUGAAGCCUGAGUGGGCGGGUGAAUCCCUGCAUCUGUAGGCCCAGGACUGGCCCAGGAGAGGAAGCGCCUUUUCCCAACCACAGAGUGUGCUAAAGGUUUUCUUUCUCAUCUGGGUCCCGAGAUGGGCAGGGUGCAUGAAGGCCCUUUGUAAAUAGUUGAGUUACACAAAAUGUUGGUUAUUGCUAACCAGGCUCAAGGUCCAGGGCUCCUUCCAUCCACUGAGGGAUGGGUUACCUUGUGGCCGUAUCAUCUGAGGGAACUGGCAAUCAAAAGCGUUACCACUUACUGGGUGUCACGUAGUUACCAGGCCCAGUACCGAUGCUUCUUGAAAGUUCAUUUUCCACACAGGAGCCAGCCACUGGUGCCAGCCAGUGCUCUAAUGUUAUUGUUUAUAAUAACCCUGAAAGGUACCAGCGUUGCAGGGCCUGUUUUGCGCAUGAGAAGUGGGCACAGAAAGGGUAAAGAACUUGCCCAAGGUCACGAAAUAAUGAGAGCCAGAGCCUGGAUACAACCAAGGUCUCUGCAAAGUGUAUGUCCCAUGGCCCCCCUGCCCCAACACACACACACCCUUUCUCUCAUGAAUCAUUUUGAUUCCCCGGCACUUACACCAGUGCAUUCAUUUGCUCUUUUAUUCCCUUCAGUCAGUACUUAAUAUUUGCUCAAGCAUGGUCCUUGGCAAGGAGAUUGUUGGCAAAUGUCCGCUAGGCCUUGCCCUGGCUUCUAAUGUGCCCCAAAUGUGCCCUCGUCCAGGUGGUUUGGGGGCUGUCGCUGCCACCUUCCCUUUCAGCCUGAGCCUGGGCGUUUUGCUCUUCUGGGUCCCAGAGGACUCGCGUGUGGCUGCCCCACCAUUCCUGUUAGGCUUCUGUGCCGGGAGGCUGGCUUCCUGUCCUCUCAUGAACCGAGGCGGGGAAGCAGUACUUGUACCAUUCAUUUGUCACUCAGCACGCUCAGCCUUGGGCUGCAGGCUCACAUGUACUCACUGAAGGACCUUGAGCUCAUCAAGCUCCACGCCUCAGUUGGCUUAUCUGUAAAAACUGGUUUAAUAACAGCAAGGUGGUCAUGAGGGCUGAAUAAGUGGAUAAUGGCUCUACGGACCUGGCUGAGGAGGGACAGCACGGCUUGUAAGUGACAGCUAUUCGUAGUCCUGCUAAGGGCCCUUCCAACUCUAGCCCACUCUGGAUUUGCUUCCACUUCCUGAAUCCCCUGGAAAAGAGACCACCCCCGCCUUCAAGGGCCAGAACAAUGUCUUAGGGCUCCUCUGGUGCCUCCUCCUGAGCCUACAGAAGGCUUUCAAAAGUCAGCCAUUCACCCAGCCACCCUGCUGUCCUACCCUGAAGGCCUCUUCUCUGGGCCAGGCCUUGUUCCAGAAGCCCCGGGCGUCCAGAUGAACAGAACACCACACUCUCACUUUCCUUGUCAGUCGAUAGACAGGUGGCUACAAGAGCAAGCGAGAGCAGUAACGUGGUGGGCACCGAGACAGACAGCCGCGGGGCCACCUGGGCUCUACUGGCCCCAGCCAGUGCCCUGGAGAAGAGACUGGGCGGGGGAGGCUGCCGUGGGUGAGGGGCGAGCGCGGGGGCUCUGAGAGCAUUGCCCCUGGGGAGAAUGGUGAGGAUGCGCCUGGGGCAGAGGCUGGGCCUGAUAUAGGGAAUGCCCGGCUCCUGGCGAGGUGGGGCCAGCUCGGUUCCUGUCUGGGGCUGCAGAGGGUCUGCACUUCAGGGCUGUAAUUCAGGUUGAUGUGUAAAUGCCUGGGGGGAGGUGGGGAAGGAAGAUUGAAUGCCUCUCAUGAGAAGCAUUUCCUCACACUGGACUGAGCUCAGAAGCCUGGACUGAAGGGCCUGUUAGCGAGGGCUCUCUGCUCUGGGCCUGGGGUCUGUGCCCCUGCCAGCACCGAGAUUUAGAGCUUCUCUGGGUGGCCCUCACUGGGGCAGAGCGGGGCCUUAGCAAAAGGACAUUGAGCCUAGCAACUCUCUUAAAUUUGGGAUUUCAGGUGGGGCCACUUCCCCUUUCCUUUUCCAGAAGGGGAUGAGCAUAGCUCCCAGCCUGGCCUGGGGCCUAGGUUGAGAGCUGAAGUUACCUCUGGAGUGAGGCUGGGGGCAGGGGCAUCUGAAGACCUGGGGGCUGAGUCUUAGGGGUGAGAUGUCUAGAGUGUGGAGGAGGAGGGGAGGAUGGGAGGAUGGGAGGAUGGCUAAUGGGAAGCAGGUGGAAGGGCUGCCUGUGUCCCAGCCGAGGGACAGGCCGGCUGGGAUGGCGCAGUCAGUGGGAGAAGCCAUCAGCUCACAGAUAAUCCCAGGGAACAGGCUCCGGGAUGCCCAUUCAUAUUCAUUAUGUGUGAAGUGGGCGGUUGUAAAGUUAGCUUUCUCUUCAUUUAGCUGUCACUGGACAGAGAAAUAUGAGCUGUGGGCAGAUGCCCCUGGAUGGGAGCCAGUAGCUGGUCUCUGGCCUCCCCGUGCCCUCCUCCACCAGGGCCUCCCUCCCGCAUGGUUCACUCCCAGCCUCCGCCUGCCUCCACUCCUGCUGCGUGGAUCUCUCUCUCGGCUUUACUGCCUUCUCUCAUCCCUCUCUUCCCCACUUCUGCUUCCUUUGCUUUCACAGAUCCUUUCCUCCCCGUGCACCGCCCCCCACCCCCCACUGAGCUGUGUGAGAGAGGGAAUUGUUUUUUUCUUGACCAUUGUUCUAUCUCUGGCAGCCAGCACAAUGCUUGGCACAGAGUGGGCACUCAAUAAAUAUUUGUAGAACAAACUAA